AUGGUAUGUUCCGACUCUUUGCUAAACACUUUCUCAGAGCUUGAGAGCCUUGAUAGUACAAUCGACGUCGACAAAAUAUCUAUUGCUUUGAGUCUUUCUGGUGUAUCACUUUACUACCGUGGACACAUCAAGACACGGAGUUAUUGUCGUUUCAUUUUAGACUUGAUCACUCUUGUAGGUGGAGACGCGAGAGCUCUCUUCAAGUUGAUAGGCAGCAGUCAAAACACAUCUGGUAUUCAGACAUCUGUCACACAUUCAGGAUUAUCCAGAUUUAAUGUGGAGCUCAGUUUGCUUGCCCAAACUUGUCGCGUAUCUAGAACUGACGGAGUCCUCUCCGUCUCACCAGAUGAGGUCAGGCUCAGUGUCCUAGAGCUAACUGCCCGGCAACUUCGUAAACCAAAAUCUGGUCUUGUUGAACGUGCCCAGGCGUUUUUACAUUUGAUGUUCGUUAGUCUACAAACAAAGCGCUACUCUUUUCGACAGUGGUGUGAUGAAAAAAGGGUUAGCCAGCCUACGAGCUUCGACUUUCUUGCCCAGAUCCUUGCAUGCUCUUUUGAAUGUGGAUUGGAUUGGAUUGUGAGGCAAAUCGACACUGUCCCAACCUUAGCGCUUCAGAUCCAGGCAGACAUGGAUGAGCGAUCAUUCACGGAGAUUCUUGGGACUGAAAUGGUGGGGUUCUUGAAAGAAACAAACCUUUUGGAAGAAGUUCAGUGGCAACUUCUCUCCUCAGAAGACAGGGGUCACAUCUUGAAAUACGUAUAUCUCUUUCUAUUCAUCGCUGAAAUCGGUUAUGCCACCCUCCGAUAUCCAAAUAUACUCCCCUCAAGCGACUCACCUUCUCCAAUGGCAAUUGCAGAUCCCAUGGAAUGCUGGAUUAUUGAGAUUGACCCAGGAGAGCCAGCAAUUUUGAUACGUGCAAAAGGAAACAACAUCAAAUUUCACAAGAUGAUUCUCCCUAUCGCGCUAAAUAACAGCAGUUGUGGCAUGACCCGAAGAGUCUGGUGCCUCGAGCGAGUCGAUGAUCGUGUUGGUAAAGUAGUCUCCAGCAUGUAUUUAAUAACGUUCUUGCCUGUCAAAGAGAAGGAUAAUGUGUCACAAGGCACCAGAGUGAAGGAUGUGAUGAUCAAAUUAGGGUAA